AUGGCCUCUAGCGCAAAGAACCGCCUCCGUCUGCCGACUGGGGUUGUGCCUAGGACUUCUUAUGACAAGCUUUCCGGUGCUGGAGCGUCCGAAAAGCCGGCGAGCCAAAUAUCCCAAGGUUCGUACUGGAUGCGUUUCAUGGAUACAGGCAAGAAGCGCCACGUCAAAUGCGACGAGGUCAAGCCCAGCUGCAACCGCUGUCUGAAGUGGUCCGGCGUGUGUGGCGGCUACGAGACGCCGUGCAGGAAGAUCCCAUCCACCAAGAGCUCCUCUGCUACACAUUUAGGAGCCAGAUGCAAGUCAUUGAGACCUUCAGAGAGCCCAGAGAUUCCUACCUUGGACGAAAGCGUCGCCACCCUCUCUGUUACCAGCAAUGAGCCGGCGACGCCGCCGAUGUCGAACUCGUACUCGCCCUACUACCAUCCAUUCGACUACUUCAACGGGCGGGAAAGGACGUUCAGCAGUAGUGGAAGUAGCCUGGGAGGAACGCCUCUACCUGCCUUUCAUGGUCGCGAUCCCGCAGCCAUGGACAGUUUUGUCGAAGCUGGCAUUCUUGACGCCACGUUCUGGACUGACACGGUUCCCCGACUGGUCCAGGAGAACCUCGCCGUCCGCUACGCCAACAUGGCCGUGCACAUCCUCAUCAUAUCCAAGCAGAAGCCUCAGCCCAUACCACAAGAGCAGCCCGGAUUCGGCAGCGACAGCUACAGCCUCGCGCUGGCGCACUACGGCCUCGCGAUCCAGCAGAUGCGCAACCCGGAGGAGGGGACGUGCGGCGGCACCCGUGCAGCGGUGCUCUGCUCGAUGCUCUUCGCCGUCUUCGAGGCCCUGAACGGGGACAGGGAGGCCGCCGAGGCGCACCUCCUCUGCGGGCAGCGCAUGCUCGACGAGCUGCGGCAGCGGCUGCCCCAGGGCAUCGCGGCGGGCGCGGGGAGCAGCAGCCUGCGCGGGGAGCUGCGGAAUUUGCUGCGGUACAUCUCGCUGCAGGUGCGUAUCGGGGGGGCGACGUGCUGGAAGGGCGAGUUGGACGCGGUGUGCGCGGAGUAUCUGGACGAAUUUGUCGCGGGCGGCGACCUGUACGAUGCGUCGCCGGGAUAUGAGAUGCCACCAGACUAUGCUUCCAGGGAGGGGCAGUUUUUGGCGUCUGACCAACCCUCAUCACCACCCUCAUACAACUUCAACAUCACACCAGCCGAGCCCGGCAAGAUGGCUCUCCCGUUGCCUAAUGCUCUUGUCCCAAAUGAGGUGGCUUUCUUGUGCGAAAUGGAGCUCGUCACAGUUGUACCGCGGCAACGGCUUGACAGCAUUGAGCUUCUGGGACCAUUGCUCCGCGAACAGGGCACCACGCCGUCCCUCCGACCACCGAGACGAAGCGAACUCCCCCUGUGGCUCGCCCUCCUGCUAAAGAAGCAGCGCCGCGCCAACAUCGUCGCCCCGGCCUGGCUGCACCCCGCGUCCCUCCGCGACAUCGUCCACCACGAGACCACCAUCGACACCGCCGGCUGGGCGCCCCCUCCCCCGCCCCCCGUCCGCGCCGACUCGACCGGCAACGCCCGGCCCUUGAACGACCCCGACUCGACGACGCCGCUGUCGCCGCCCUUCUUGCCCUCGUGCACCGCCGACGCGCCGUCCGGCGCCAUCCCGUACCACUGGCGCGAGCUCGCCGAGAUGCUGCUGACGCACGCGCACGACGACGUGCCGUCCGCCGCGGAGGUGCGCUCGCUGCUGCGCGACCUGCAGGAGGUUCGCGACGCCAAGAUGCGCGAGAGCACGGCGCGCCUCGAGGCCGGCAUCGACGGCGUCAUGAGCUUGCGGGGUGUCGGCGCGAUGGAGCUCGCGGAGAGCAGGGGCUUCCUGACGGCUGUUGUGGAGGGCGUCAGGAAGCUGGGCGCGAGCGCGGAGGCGACGCGCAGAGAGGAGGAGGAGGAGGCCGGCGGCGCGGACGAUGACUACGACGGCAGCGACGACGACGACAUGGGGUUGUAG